AGACAUCAACUCAAGUUUGCAUCUUGUGGAAACAUCUUCCCCUGUUCUUUCAAGCCCAAUGAGCGAUAAGUUUCUUGUGAUCCCAGGACCAAGAGCCUUGUCGGACUUUAGAGUCCAGAACUUCGUCAAAGAAAUCGAAUCCAAGUUGGGUAAAUCUUCUAUUAUCAAACUGGUUUCUUCAAGUUAUACUCAUUAUGUUUCUUUGAAGACUUCUUUGACCGAACCUCAACUGCAGCUUUUACAGACUUUAUUGAAAUAUGAUACUGAGGUUGAUGCCUCUGUGGAAUUUAACGCCAAAUUGCUCGAGUUAUCGGUAUUGAGAGGUGAUGAUUCCAGGGAAACCGCUGCCUUUAAGCUCGACUCAAACGUUUACUUGAUUAGAGUUUUACCUAGAAGUGGAACGAUUUCCCCAUGGUCAUCCAAGGCCACAGACAUUGCUGUUACGUGUGGGUUGGUUGAUCAGGUGGAAAGAAUCGAAAAGGGAUUGUCUCUCUUAAUCGAAGUUGAGAGUGGAUUUAAUUUCGGUGAUGCGUUAGAUAAAGGUGAAAUCUUGACCAGUGUAUUCGACAGAAUGACCCAAACUUUGUUCGUCAACGACCACUUGCCCAAGUAUAAUGACUUGUUUGAGCACCACCUGCCAAAACCUUUGGUUCACGUUGACUUAUUGGGUGGAUCUGAGAACUUGGCUAAAGCCAAUAAAGAGUUGGGAUUGGCCUUGGAUCAAGGGGAAAUCGACUACUUGAUCAAUGCUUUCACCAAUGUCAUUGGAAGAAACCCAACUGACGUGGAAUUGUUUAUGUUUGCCCAAGUCAACUCUGAACAUUGUAGACACAAGAUAUUCAAUGCCGAUUGGACUAUCGACUCGGUGAAAAAGGAUUUGACUUUAUUCAAGAUGAUCCGCAACACCCACAGCAAGAACCCUCAAUACACCGUUAGUGCCUAUUCAGAUAAUGCUGCUGUAUUUGAAGGUCCCGAAGGCUACGUUUAUACACCCGAUUUUGCAACCAAGCAGUGGAAGUCGAUCAAGGAAAAAGUACACACUUUGGUCAAGGUUGAAACCCACAACCACCCAACGGCUGUUUCUCCAUUCCCCGGUGCAUCUACUGGUUCCGGUGGUGAAAUCAGAGAUGAGGCUGCUGUUGGUAGAGGUUCCAAAUCUAAGGCUGGUUUGAGUGGAUUCUCUGUCAGUGAUUUGAACAUUCCUUCUUUACCUCAACCAUGGGAAAGAAAAGUUGGAAAACCCAACCACAUUGCUUCUCCAUUGGAUAUCAUGAUAGAAGCACCUCUUGGAGCUGCUGCCUUCAACAAUGAAUUCGGUAGGCCUGCUAUCAACGGUUACUUUAGAACUUUGACCACUGAAGUGAACAACAGCAAAGGUGACAAUGAAAUCAGAGGGUUCCAUAAGCCUAUUAUGUUGGCCGGUGGUAUGGGUGCUAUUCGACCAGAUUUGGCCUUGAAAGACACGAAAAUAACCCCGGGUGCUAAGUUGAUUGUAUUGGGUGGUCAGUCCAUGUUGAUUGGUUUGGGAGGUGGUGCAGCUUCUUCGAUUUCUUCUGGUGAAGGGUCUGCAGACUUGGACUUUGCUUCUGUUCAAAGAGGUAACCCUGAAUUACAAAGAAGAGCCCAAGAAGUCAUUUCUGCUUGUGUGUCUUUAGGUAAAGAACACACACCAAUUCAGUCUAUUCACGAUGUUGGAGCUGGAGGAUUGAGCAAUGCUUUGCCAGAAUUGGUUCACGAUAAUGAUUUGGGUGCUCGGUUUGAAUUGAGAUCCAUUUUGUGUUUGGAACCAGGAAUGUCUCCUAUGGAGAUCUGGUGUAACGAGUCCCAAGAAAGAUUUGUAUUGGGAGUUGCUCCUGAAAACUUGGACCUUUUCACCAAGAUCUGUGAAAGAGAAAGAUGUCCUUUUGCCGUGGUAGGAGAAGCUACUGAAGAACAGAGAUUGGUGUUGACCGAUUCAUUGUUGAAUACCACUCCUAUUGACUUGGAGAUGUCUGUGUUGUUUGGUAAACCUCCAAAAAUGUCAAGAGUUGCCACUACUGCCGAGUUGCAGUUACCAGAGUUUUCGGUGUCUGAGUUAGAUGUUUCCGACUCAAUACAACGAGUGUUACAACUCCCAGCAGUUGGGUCUAAAAACUUCUUGGUCACCAUUGGUGAUAGAUUUAUUACUGGUUUGGUCGACAGAGACCAAAUGGUUGGGCCUUGGCAAGUUCCUGUGGCCGAUGUUGGUGUCACAAACACCUCUUUAGGUGACGAAAUUCUUAUCACUGGUGAAGCUUUGGCCAUGGGUGAAAAGCCUACCUUGGCUCUUAUUUCUGCUGCUGCCUCUGCUAAGAUGUGUGUUGCUGAGUCUCUUUUGAAUGUCUUUGCUGCCGAUAUCCCUGCUUUAGACAGAGUUAAGUUGUCUGCAAAUUGGAUGUCUGCUGCUUCACACCCUGGUGAAGGAGCCAAGUUGUACGAAGCCGUCCAAGCCAUUGGUAUGGAUUUGUGUCCAGACUUGGGAAUCUCCAUUCCCGUUGGUAAAGAUUCCAUGUCCAUGAAGAUGAAAUGGGAUGACAAGGAAGUUACUGCUCCUUUGGCCUUGACAGUUACAGCUUUCGCACCCGUCGAUAAUACUUCUAAUACUUGGACCCCAUUAUUGGAAAAGAAGGACGAUACCGUUUUGGUGUUGGUCGACUUGGCUACCAAAGUCCAAAAGGCACUUGGAGGGUCUGCUCUUGCACAAGUUUACAAGCAAGUAGGUGCCAGUGCCCCAACUGUUCACUCCAACAAGGAAUUCAAAAGUUUUUUGGAAUCCUUGGUGGUGUUACACAAGGAGUUUGAUGUUUUGGCAUACCAUGACAGAUCAGAAGGUGGUUUAUUGACCACUGUGGCAGAAAUGGCCUUUGCUGGUAGAUGUGGUGUGGAAUUGGAUUUAAAGGGUGAAAAUGCAUUUGUUGAAUUGUUCAACGAAGAGUUGGGUGCUGUCUUCCAAAUAGACAAUGCUAAAUACGAUGAGUUUGUUCAAGUGUUUGUCACCAACGGCCUUCCUGCUGAAUACAUUUCUGUAAUCGGAAAACCCACCACUGAACAAACGUUGAAGAUCAGCUUCAACGGUGAACAGAUUUACUCCAACACCAGAAGUGCAUUACAGAAAUUGUGGUCCAACACUUCGUACCAUAUCCAAACCUUGAGAGAUAACCCCAUCACGUCUAAGCAAGAAUUUGAGUCUAUCAGUGAUGAUUCCAACCCUGGUAUCUCCUAUCAAUUGACAUAUAAAGUGGGUGAUGACUUGGGUAUCAAGAGUCUCUCCACCGAAAGAAAGCCCAAAGUGGCCAUUUUAAGAGAACAAGGUGUUAACUCUCAACAGGAAAUGGCGUGGUCCUUCCAACAAGCCGGGUUUGAUACUUAUGAUGUGCAUAUGUCAGACAUUUUGUCUGGUAGAGUGUCAUUAAAACACUUCACCGGACUCGCUGCUUGCGGAGGAUUCUCAUAUGGUGAUGUCUUAGGUGCCGGUGCCGGGUGGGCCAAAUCUAUUUUGUUCAACGAGCUUGCCAGAAAGGAGUUCAAGGAGUUUUUUGAAAGAUCAGACACUUUUGCUUUAGGUGCCUGUAAUGGAUGCCAAUUCUUGAGCAGAAUUCAGGAAUUGAUCCCAGGAACUAAGAACUGGCCUACCUUCGAAAGAAACUUCAGUGAGCAAUAUGAAGCCCGUUUUGUCAUGGUUGAAAUUGUUCCUGAACAGACGAACUCGAUCUUUUUGUCGGGUAUGGAGAAGUCCAAGCUUCCAAUUGCGGUUGCGCACGGAGAAGGAAGAGCCAAUUUUACGUCAGAUGACGAAGAAUCGGGAUUUUUGGCCGACAAACAAAGUGUUAUUCGGUAUGUUGACAACUACGGAAACCCUGCCAGCCAAUAUCCUUACAAUCCUAAUGGUUCACCACAUGGAAUCGCUGGUAUUUCCUCGCAGAACGGCCGGGUUUUGGCGUUGAUGCCUCACCCCGAAAGAGUCACCAGAAAAGAGUCCAAUUCGUACUACCCAAAACAAGACGCUGUCGAAUGGGAAGGAUACGGUCCAUGGAUUCGUUUGUUCAGAAAUGCCAGAAAAUGGGUUCGUGAUAACUUUUAAUUGUCACAACAAAUCGUGACCUCGACACGACCACACGACCAGUUGGUUGAAUUUAAAUAUCUUUUAUUGUGCACCCACGACUUGCGAAACUUUUUAUAAUCGAGUGAAAAAUUUUCACAACUUUUCAUCUUUAACUACAUACAUAUACAAAAUGGUUAACGCUAUCUUAUCAAAGAAGAGAAAAUUGGUCGCUGACGGUGUGUUCUACGCCGAAUUAAACGAAUUCUUCACUAGAGAAUUGGCCGAACACGGUUACGCUGGUGUUGAGGUUAGAAGAACCCCAACCAAGUUGGAAAUCAUCGUUAAGGCUUCCAACCCUCAAGGUGUCUUGGGUGAACAAGGUAGAAAGAUCCACGAAUUGACCUCCUUGAUCUGCAAGAGAUUCAAGUUGGCCAAGGAAGGUGUUGUCAUCUACGCUGAAAGAGUCGAAAUCAGAGGUUUGUCUGCUGCUGUCCAAGCCGAAGGUUUGAAGGCUAAAUUGUUGAGUGGUUUACCAUUCAGAAGAGCUGCCUACGGUGUUUUGAGAUUCGCCAUGAACAACGGUGCCAAGGGUGUUGAAGUUGUCAUCUCCGGUAAGUUGAGAGGUGCCAGAGCUAAGGCCCAAAAAUACGCCGAUGGUUUCAUGAUCCACUCCGGUCAACCAACCAAGGACUUUAUUGAUAUUGCCAUCAGACACGUCUUGAUGAGACAAGGUGUUUUGGGUAUCAGAGUUAAGAUCAUGAAGGACCCAGCCACUAACAAGUUUGGUCCAAAGGCUUUGCCAGAUGCUGUCAAGGUUGCUGAAGCUAAGGAUGAUGAAGAAGUUAUCCCAGCCCCAACUGUCAAGUCUUACAUCCCAGUUGUUGAAGCUGAAGCUUCUGCUUAAUUUUAGGUUUAGUAUAUUGUAAUAUAUUAUGUCGACUUAAAU